CGCGGUGACAGGCCGUGCGGGGGCGGAGGGACCAGCCCGGUGGCCUCCUCUCGGCCCUCGGCUCCGUGAUCCCCUCCCAGCGGCCGGCAAUAAAGAAUGCUGGUGGGAGAACCAUUUUCCUAAUUCCCAAAUUAUUGAGCUGGUCGCCAUAAUGGAUGAUCAGCAAGCUUUGAAUUCAAUCAUGCAAGAUUUGGCUGUCCUUCACAAGGCCAGUCGUCCAGCAUUAUCUUUACAGGAAACCAGAAAAGCAAAACCUUCAUCACCAAAAAAACAGAAUGAUGUCCGAGUCAAAUUUGAACAUAGAGGAGAAAAAAGAAUCCUGCAGGUUACCAGACCAGUUAAACUAGAAGAUCUAAGGUCUAAGUCUAAAAUUGCCUUUGGCCAGUCUAUGGACCUGCACUAUACCAACAAUGAGUUGGUAAUUCCAUUAACUACCCAAGAUGACUUGGACAAAGCUGUGGAACUGCUGGAUCGCAGUAUUCACAUGAAGAGUCUCAAGAUACUACUUGUAGUAAAUGGAAGUACACAGGCUACUAAUUUAGAACCAUCACCAUCACCAGAAGAUGUGAACAACACACCGCUUGGUGCAGAGAGGAAGAAGCGGCUGUCUGUAGUAGGUCCCACUAAUAGAGAUAGAAGUUCCCCUCCCCCAGGGUACAUUCCAGACGAACUACACCAGAUUGCCCGGAACGGGUCGUUCACAAGCAUCCACAGUGAAGGGGAGUUCAUUCCAGAGAGCAUGGACCAAAUGCUGGAUCCAUUGUCUUUAAGCAGCCCUGAAAAUUCUGGCUCAGGAAGCUGUCCAUCACUUGAUAGUCCUUUGGAUGGAGAAAGCUAUCCAAAGUCACGGAUGCCUAGAGCACAGAGCUACCCAGAUAAUCACCAGGAAUUCUCAGACUAUGAUAACCCUAUUUUUGAGAAAUUUGGCAAAGGAGGAACAUAUCCAAGAAGGUACCAUGUUUCAUAUCAUCACCAAGAGUACAAUGACGGUCGUAAGACGUUUCCAAGAGCUCGAAGGACCCAGGGCACCAGCUUCCGGUCUCCCGUGAGUUUCAGUCCCACUGACCACUCCUUAAGCACUAGUAGUGGAAGCAGUAUCUUUACUCCAGAGUAUGACGACAGUCGAAUAAGAAGAAGGGGAAGUGACAUAGACAAUCCUACUUUGACUGUCACAGACAUCAGCCCACCCAGCCGCUCACCUCGAGCUCCAACCAACUGGAGAUUGGGCAAACUGCUUGGCCAAGGAGCUUUUGGUAGGGUCUACCUCUGUUAUGAUGUUGAUACCGGAAGAGAACUGGCUGUUAAACAAGUUCAGUUUAACCCUGACAGUCCGGAGACCAGCAAGGAAGUAAAUGCACUUGAGUGUGAAAUUCAGUUGUUGAAAAACUUGCUGCACGAGCGAAUUGUUCAAUAUUACGGCUGUUUGAGGGAUCCUCAGGAGAAAACACUCUCCAUCUUUAUGGAGUAUAUGCCAGGGGGUUCAAUUAAGGACCAACUAAAAGCAUAUGGAGCUCUUACUGAGAAUGUGACUAGGAAAUACACCCGUCAGAUUCUGGAGGGGGUCCAUUAUUUGCAUAGUAAUAUGAUUGUCCAUAGAGACAUCAAAGGAGCAAAUAUCUUAAGGGAUUCCACGGGCAAUAUCAAAUUAGGAGACUUUGGGGCUAGCAAGCGGCUUCAGACCAUCUGUCUGUCAGGCACAGGGAUGAAGUCUGUCACAGGCACGCCAUACUGGAUGAGCCCUGAGGUCAUUAGUGGAGAAGGCUAUGGCAGGAAAGCAGAUAUCUGGAGUGUGGCAUGCACUGUGGUGGAAAUGCUGACUGAAAAGCCACCCUGGGCUGAGUUUGAGGCGAUGGCUGCCAUCUUCAAGAUCGCCACUCAGCCAACAAACCCAACGCUGCCGCCUCAUGUCUCGGACUACACUCGAGACUUCCUCAGACGGAUUUUUGUCGAGGCCAAGCUGCGACCGUCAGCCGAGGAGCUGCUGCGGCACAUGUUUGUGCACUAUCACUAGCAGCCGUCAGCCUCUGUCCUCCACCAGCUCUGUCUUCGAGUUCACCUUCUCUCUUACUGCACUUUCCUUUUUUUUAUAAAAAGAGAGAUGGGGAGAAAAAGACAAGAGGGAAAAUAUUUCUCUUGAUUCUUGGUUAAAUUUGUUUAAUAAUAAUAGUAAACUAAAUUUUUUAUAUUUAAUCUUUUUUUCUUUACAAGAACUUGAAACUUCUUUUUUUAAAGAUUUUUAUAAUGUACUGAUGUGGUUGAGAGAUAUAAAGCACUUUAGUACAUAGUCGCUCUUUUUAGUACAAACAAAUCAUUUGGAAUAUAUAAAGAUUGUAGUCUUGCCCUGUAUCACUGACAUGGAAGACAAAGAGAAUAAAGUGAUGUACAAUUUGUAGUUCUUAGUGAUAGUAUUUAAAUAGACCCUUACUCGUGGGGUCGAGCUCUAAACUUGAGUUUAGGGUAGGUACUCAACGUAAAGAAUAUAGGUCUCUCCUUAUAUCUGUAUUCUUUAGAUCCUAACCUCUGUCUAUCAAGCUUUUUUGCUCAGUAGGAAUCUUGAAUAGAAGAUAUCAUUCUCUAAGAGUCUGUUUGUUAAUCCUAAUCAGUGUCAUAGGCAAAUACACUAUUGUAGAUCCAUGUUACUGGAAUCUAUAGACCUGAGAGAGAGCUUUCUGCUCAAAAACACUGUUGUAUUUGAAAGCAGAUAUGUGAAGCCAACGAGUAAAUUCUGCUAAAACAGACGACUGCUCAUUAAAUGUAUGAGCAGUAGAAGAGACCACAUUUGCCAGUCAGUAGAAAUAAUGAAAAACCAAGUGUUACUUAGCAUAUUUCAAACAUUAUUUACUUGAGGGGAAAGUCCCAAAAUAAAGGGAACUGAGAAAUAAUAAAAAUUGUGCUUCUAUAUAAUAUCUUCCUCUGUCUAGCCCCUGGUUUCCCAUAGGUAACAGUCUUUAGCUCAAGUAGCCAUGUGUUAAAGCUCCUGUCAUGAAGUAAAAUCCUUUUUCUUGGGAUCAUAGCGUACUAAGCCAGAGGCACCUCU